CUUGAUCCAGGAACUAGAGCAGAUUGCCAAGGCUCACGGGACUGUCCCAGAUGAGCUCAUCUCCUGUCCUGGGUGUAAGCGAGUGUAUCUUACCAGGAAUGUAACUGAACAUUUUUUUCUGCAUUGUGUUCCUGCUGCGCAACCCAAGAUGGCCAGGAACUGCUCCGAGUGCAAGGAGAAAAGGGCAGCACACAUCCUCUGCACCUACUGCAAUCGCUGGCUGUGCAGCUCUUGCACAGAGGAGCACCGGCAUGGCCCUGCCCCUGGUGGCCCGCUCUUUCCCCGGGCCCAAAAGGGAUCUCCAGGAGUGAAUGGUGGUUCUGGGGACUUCACCUUGUACUGUCCUCUACACACACAGGAAGUACUCAAGCUAUUCUGCGAGACCUGUGACGUGCUCACAUGCCAUAGCUGCCUAAUGGUGGAACACAAAGAACACAGGUGCAGACAUGUUGAAGAAGUUUUGCAAAACCAGAGGAUGCUUCUGGAAAAUGUGACAACACAGGUGGCACAUAAGAAAUCCAGUCUACAGACAUCUGCAAAGCAAAUUGAGGACAGGAUUUUUGAAGUGAAGCAUCAGCAUAGGAAGGUGGAAAACCAGAUCAAAAUGGCCAAGAUGGUUCUGAUGAAUGAGCUGAACAAACAGGCCAAUGGGCUCAUAGAAGAGUUGGAGGGCAUUACUAAUGAGAGAAAACGGAAGCUGGAACAGCAGUUACAGAGCAUCAUGGUUCUCAACCGUCAAUUUGAGCAUGUGCAGAAUUUCAUCAGUUGGGCUGUCUGCAGCAAAACCAGUGUCCCUUUUCUUUUCAGCAAAGAGCUGAUUGUGUUUCAGAUGCAGCGAUUGCUGGAGACAAGUUGUAACACAGAUCCUGGCUCCCCUUGGAGUAUCAGAUUCACCUGGGAGCCUAACUUCUGGACCAAGCAGCUGGCUUCCCUUGGCUGCAUAACUACCGAAGGUGGACAACUGUCCCGGGCAGAUACUCCUGCUUAUGGAGUCUUACAGGGGCCAUCAUCUUUUUAUCAAAGCCACCAGUCCCCAGUGGCUCAGCAAGAGGCUCUUAGCCACCCCUCACACAAGUUCCAGUCUCCGGCACUGUGCUCCUCAUCUGUGUGCUGCUCCCACUGCUCCCCAGUGUCACCUUCCCUCAAGGCCCAGGUCCCCCCACCCAGCAUACACCCAGCCCACAGCUUUAGGCAGCCCUCUGAGAUGGUGCCCCAACAGCCGGGAUCACUGCAGUGCUCCACCCUGCUGCCCAGGGAGAAAGAGUUGGCCUGCAGUCCUCAUCCACCGAAGCUGCUGCAGCCCUGGCUGGAAACGCCGCCGCCUGUGCAGCAGGAGAGCACAUCCCAGCGGCUGGGGCAGCAGCUGACUUCCCAGCCUGUAUGCAUCGUCCCCCCACAGGAUGUUCAGCAGGGAUCCCACACCCAGCCCACCUUACCGACACCCUCUAUCCAAGUCCAGUUCGGCCACCAGCAGAAGCUGAAGCUCAGUCACUUUCAGCAGCAGCCUCAACAGCAGCUGCCACCUCCACCACCUCCACCACCUCCUCCCCCACAGCAGCCAUCCCCACCUCUACCUCCAUCCCAGCAUCCGGCUUCCAGUCAGCAUGAGAGCUCUUCUGCGCCCGCCUGUUCCCAGAACGUGGACAUAAUGUACCAUAAGUUUGAGCUGGAGGAAAUGCAGAAGGACUUGGAGCUUCUCCUUCAGGCUCAACAGCCCAGCCUGCAACUGAGUCAGACGAAAUCUCCUCAGCAUCUUCAGCAAACCAUUGUGGGGCAGAUCAACUACAUUGUGAGGCAGCCAGCACCUGUCCAGUCCCAGAGCCAGGAGGAGACCCUGCAGGCUACAGAUGAGCCCCCGGCAUCUGAAGGCCCAAAACCAGCUCUCCCUCUUGACAAGAAUACUGCUGCUGCCUUGCCCCAGGCAUCUGGGGAAGAAUCCCCUCUCAGCGUCCCCCCAGUGGACAGCACCAUCCAGCACUCCUCUCCGAAUGUGGUGAGAAAGCACUCCACCUCAGUGAGCAUCAUGGGCUUUUCCAACACUCUGGAGAUGGAGUUGUCAUCUACCAGGCUGGCAAGGACCCUGGAGCCACAGAUCCAGAGUGUGAGCAGCCUGACAGCUGCGCCUGCUCAAGCGGCACCAAGCUUGAUGAGUGGCCCCCCACAAACUGUGUCCAGCCUGACAAGUGUUCAAAACCAGGCCAUGACCAGCCUGACAACCAGUCACCUACAGACCAUGCCUAGCCUUGUGCGUAGCACAUUCCAGUCUAUGCCCAACCUGAUGAGUGAUUCGCCCCAGGCCAUAGCAGGCCUAGCAAGUGAUCACUCUCAGGCCAGGCCCAGCCUAAUGUCUGUCCGUGCCCAGGCUGUGCCAAGUCUGGCGACUUGUCCUCUGCAGAGCAUGCCUCCGAUCUCUGACAGACAGCUGGAAACUCGUGCCAGCUCCAGUCCUGGCUCUGGCCAAAGUACAGGAAGCCUGUACCCCAGGGAUGGGGCUGACCCCUCCCUGGGGAAUGCCCUAUGUAAGAUGGAAAGUGAGGAUUCCACACGCUUCACUGACUCACUGGGACAAGACCCCACAGCCCCUGGCCUGGAUGCUCCCAAGGACUUGGCUAUCCCCUCAGAACUGGAGGAGCCAAUUAACCUCUCUGUGAAAAAACCUCCACUGGUGCCAGUGGUCAGCACAUCUACAAGUCUUCAGCAGUACCACAGCCCAAAAGGGUAUGAAAAUUUUGAACAAGGAGCCUUAGAGCUGGAUACAAAAAAGAACCAGAACAUCAGAGCCUUCAACAGUGAGUGCAAGAUUCCCUAUGUGCGACUGGAGAGGCUCAAGAUCUGUGCUGCCUCCUCGGGAGAAAUGCCUGUGUUCAAGCUGAAGCCACAGAAGAAUGAUCAAGAUGGGAGCUUCCUGCUGAUCAUCGAGUGUGGCACUGAGUCCUCCAGCAUGUCCAUUAAGGUCAGCCAGGGCAGCGUGCCUGAUGCCAUCCAGGCCCCAGGUCUAGGGGGAAGAAAGGUCACUGUCACUUCUCUGGCUGGGCAGCGGCCACCAGAGGUGGAGGAUGCAUCUCCUGAAGAACACAGACUCGUGCCUCGAACUCCUGGAGCCAAGAAGGGCCCCCCGGCCCCAAUGGAAAAUGAGGACUUCUGUGCUGUGUGCCUCAAUGGGGGAGAGUUGCUGUGCUGUGACCGCUGCCCCAAAGUGUACCACCUUUCCUGCCACGUGCCAGCCUUGCUCAGCUUCCCAGGGGGAGAGUGGGUGUGUACCUUGUGCCGCAGCCUGAGCCAGCCCGAGAUGGAGUACGACUGUGAGAAUGCCCGCUAUAGCCAGCCUGGAAUGCGGGCGCCUCCCGGCCUGAGCAUAUAUGACCAGAAGAAGUGUGAGAAGCUGGUACUGUCCUUGUGCUGCAAUAGCCUCAGCCUGCCUUUCCAUGAACCUGUCAGCCCCCUGGCACGGCAUUAUUACCAGAUUAUCAAGAGGCCCAUGGACCUGUCUAUCAUCCGGAGGAAGCUGCAAAAGAAGGAUCCAGCUCACUAUACCACCCCAGAGGAGGUGGUGUCAGAUGUGCGCCUCAUGUUCUGGAACUGUGCAAAGUUCAAUUACCCUGACUCAGAGGUUGCCGAGGCUGGCCGCUGCCUGGAAGUGUUCUUUGAGGGCUGGUUGAAGGAGAUCUACCCGGAGAAACGUUUUGCCCAGCCCAGGCAGGAGGACUCAGACUCCGAGGAGGCAUCCAGUGAGAGUGGAUGUUCCACUCCCCAGGGCUUCCCGUGGCCCCCCUACGUGCAGGAGGGCAUCCAACCCAAGAGGCGGCGACGACAUGCGGAGAAUGAAAGAGCAAAGAGAAUGUCUUUCCGCCUGGCCAACAGUGUUUCCCAGGUGUGAGAGCUGGGAGGAGACUGAGUGCUGUGGCAGCUGGUGUCCCAUCCUGUUGACCAUUCCUCCCCAUCUUUCAGCUUAUGCUCUUCAGAAUGUGGAUGUCCCACGGACACAGAACCUCUCUCCUCCCACUCCUCAGGUUCCAUGGCAAGCUGCCAGCUGGGCCCAUUCCCCAGAGCAAGUCCUGCCCUCAUAGCCUCCUCUACACCUGGAUGCUGUCUUUUGAAUAAGUUCAAGCCAAUCAAUUAUGAGAAGUGGUCACAUAUACAACUUCCUGGACAAGUUUUAUAUGAAAAUGCUUGUCCUCCAGGUCCUCCCUCUCUACCCUUUUCUCCGGAUAGGAACACAGUUACGACAUUGGUCAUCAAGCUUCAAUCAUGCAGAUAAGGGUGACAUCCCAGAGAAUGGCGAAACAAGAAGUUAGAAAGAACCUAGGUUCUUUGACAAUCUCAUGGAACAGAGCCAUUUCCCUGCCUUGAACUGCCUGCUUAUUUCUUUGGACUAUUACCUGAGAAAGAAAUACAUUUCUAU